UCUUAGAGCUUCUUCCCACUGCUCCACUGCAGUGGGUACAAGUUUUUGCAGAAGCCAGAUCGAGGAGCACGCCUCAAUGUCUAAGAUGGGGGAGAAUGGCGCUGCCAAUUGCCACCAGCAUGUAGCUUUGGCACCUGUGGAGGUGUCCGUGGAGCUCGGCUUCCAACAUGGAGCUUCGAAAUGUUUCGACGAUGAUGGCCGUCUCAAGAGGACUGGGACCGUGUGGACUGCAAGCGCGCACAUCAUAACGGCGGUGAUCGGCUCCGGCGUGCUGUCCUUGGCUUGGGCAAUUGGUCAGCUCGGAUGGGUUGCAGGCCCUGCUGUCAUGCUCCUCUUCUCCUUUGUGACAUUCUACACCUCUGCCCUACUCGCUGACUGCUACCGCUCUGGUGAUCCCGUCACCGGCAGGCGGAACUACACCUACAUGGAUGCGGUCCAGGCUAAUUUAAAUGGGAUCAAGGUCAAGAUAUGCGGCUACCUCCAGUACCUCAAUAUCGUCGGAGUUGCCAUCGGAUACACGAUCGCAGCUUCCAUUAGUAUGGUGGCAAUAAAGAGGUCCAACUGUUUCAACAAGGAGGGAGACGACAGCCCCUGUCAUGUAAACAGCAAUCCUUACAUGAUCAUGUUCGGCGUGGCGGAGAUUGUCUUGUCUCAGAUCCCUGACUUCGACCAGAUCUCGUGGCUCUCCAUUCUCGCCGCCAUCAUGUCCUUCACGUACUCCUCCAUCGGUCUGGUUCUCGGCAUCGUCCAAGUGAUCCAAAACGGAGGAAUUAAAGGCAGUCUCACCGGCAUAAGCAUCGGAACCGUGAGCCAGAUGGACAAAAUCUGGCGUAGCCUGCAAGCCUUCGGCGACAUCGCGUUCGCCUACUCCUACUCCAUCAUCCUGAUCGAAAUCCAGGACACCAUAAAGUCUUCGCCGUCAUCGGAAGCCAAGGUGAUGAAGAAGGCAACGCUCACCAGCGUGACGGUGACCACCAUCUUCUACAUGCUCUGUGGGUGCAUGGGCUACGCCGCGUUCGGGGACUUGGCCCCCGGCAACCUCCUCACCGGAUUCGGCUUCUACAACCCCUACUGGCUCCUCGACAUCGCCAACGCCGCCAUCGUCGUCCACCUCGUCGGCGCCUACCAGGUCUACUGCCAGCCGCUCUUCGCGUUCAUCGAGAAGUGGACUCUCAAGACGUGGCCCAAGUCGGAGUUCAUCACCAAGGAUAUCCAGGUGCCGAUCGCCUCCGGCAGAUGCUACAACCUCAACCUCUUCAGACUGACAUGGCGCACCAUGUUCGUGAUCGUGACCACCGUCGUCUCCAUGCUCCUGCCGUUCUUCAACGACGUGGUCGGCUUCCUCGGCGCGAUCGGCUUCUGGCCGCUGACCGUAUACUUCCCCGUAGAGAUGUACAUUGUCCAGAAGAAGAUCCCCAAGUGGAGCACGAGGUGGGUAUGCCUACAGUUGCUGAGCCUGGCUUGCCUUGUCAUCACGGUGGCUUCCGCCGCCGGAUCAGUCGCCGGCGUCGUGAGCGAUCUCAAGGUUUACCGGCCAUUCAAGUCAAGUUAAAAAGGUUGCACAGUCCACACAUGGAGAACAAGUUGGGGAUCGCUGGGCUUACUACGUUGUUGCUGUCUGGUGGAUAUUAUCGUGUGUAAUGCUUCUUCGAAGAAGGGAGUUCACUAAGAAGAAAGUGUUUGUAAUUGCAUGAACAGAAUAUGGUUUACUAUCACAGUCAUGCCUCACCUAUGUUUAUUAAGGAGUUAGCAAUAAACUAUGAUGAAGGCCAGUUCAUUCGA